AUGAUAUCUUUCAAGGGAUAUGCCUUGGCUCUCUUCGGAAUCCUGAUUGUGGUGGUGGUGUUCCUACCGGGAGCCUAUGCCCCCGACUAUCAGAAGUUCAUAACGCAACACUACGAUAAUCCCAAGAGCAGCGUUGGGAAAAAUUACUGCAAUACCAUGAUGCAAAGACGUGGCAUGACCAGACCAGAGUGCAAGGAAGUGAACACCUUCAUCCAUGGCUCCAAGAAGAAAAUCAUAGCUGUGUGUGGCAAAGGAGGAGAACCCUACGGCGCUGGACUGCGGCGUAGUAAAAGCAAGUUCUCCGUCACCACCUGCAAACACACUGGUGGUUCCAAACGCCCACCUUGUAAGUACAGAGAGAACAGUUCGCAAAGAUUCAUCAUUGUUCGUUGUGCCGGCGGAAAGCCUGUUCACUACGAUGAAGGUCAUAUUUAA